AUGGCAAAACCUUUAGAUCACAUCAAAAGACCCAUGAAUGCGUUUAUGGUGUGGUCCAGAGGCCAGAGGAGGAAAAUGGCCCAGGAGAACCCAAAGAUGCACAACUCAGAGAUCAGUAAGAGACUGGGGGCGGAGUGGAAGCUGCUCUCCGACUCGGAGAAGCGUCCUUACAUCGACGAGGCCAAGAGGCUGCGGGCUCAGCACAUGAAGGAGCACCCGGACUACAAGUACCGACCCCGGCGUAAACCCAAGAGCCUCCUGAAAAGGGACCGCUUCGUUUUCCCGUCUUUACUCGCGGACGCAGAGCAUUUGAAGGGAUUUUCCAUGGACUCCUUCCUUAUCCCCGGGGAUAAAACCAGAGCUUUCCUCGCUCCUGUCUCCUCCUCUUCCCCUUCUUCCUUCUCGCUGCUAGAGCCCGUGGCGCAGUUCAGCACCGGAGCUGUCCAGCGCAUGGCUCAUGACAUCCCGCACGCUCUGGCUGCCGGCGCUCUGCCGUACAACGCGCACAGCUUUGGAUACCAGACAGCAGGGAUCGGGGCUCUUGCUUGCCACGGACAGCACACCCACAGCCACCCAUCCCCCUCCGGCCCCGGGUACGUGGUGCCGUGUAACUGUAGCGCCUGGUCUGCUGCCGGGUUACAGCCGCAGGUCGCCUACAUCCUCUUCCCUGGAGGGGUGCCUAAGAGCGCAAUGGACUCGUACACUUCCCCCAGCUCCAGUGUGUGA